AUGGUAUCUCUUAUAAGCGGGGAGUAUCCCCCCACUCUGAAACCCGAAGAAAAGGACGCCCUCAUUGAGACUGCCAAGGACUGGUCGAUAGGCAAUGGUCUCGCAGUCAGGCCUCCGCCAACCGUGAUAGCCUCCGGGACAGAUCCCAAGGGUAUUGUUGCUAUCAAUGUGCCCGUCACACUCUUCCCCAGCCCCUUUCCGAGGCAGUGCUUCUCCCAGGGCAAGGCGGUCCAGAAGACUUACAACGAGCUGUAUGCCUCGGUGAGUAGGGAUGAAGAGUUUCUGGAACAAGUAGUGAAGGAGGUUGCAGAUGGUGAUGAGUUUAUUCGAAACUUAUGGGACCACCUAUCCCUGGGUUUGUUCCGAUCCGACUACAUGGUUCACCAGGAUACCCACACUUCUCCCCCUUCUCUGCAAGUCAAGCAGGUAGAGUUCAACACCAUUGCCUCUUCUUUCGGUGGUCUCUCAACACACACUUCCUCUCUCCACAAGUAUCUUGCUACAACGGAGUAUCCUAUCUUGGAAAAUUCCAUCGCUCAAGGAACGCUGGAUCUACCAGAAAACACCAGUACUCGCGGCUUGGCAGCAGGUAUUGAGGCAGCUUACAACACUUACCCUCAAUCCGAACUUGGCCAUCAAAAAUGUGUCAUCUUCCUGGUUCAGGAUGGCGAGAGGAACGUUUUUGACCAGCGCCACCUCGAGUAUCAAAUUAUCAACUCUUCUCCGUCUAUCCCCGUCUUCAGACUCCCAUACUCUCAAAUCCUGAAGCAUACAACAAUCGCAGAAACCUCUGAAAGACAACUCCUGUACCAUCUUCCCCGAAAUCCCGCCAAGGUUUACGAAGUUGCUGUCAUCUACAUGCGAUCUGGGUACGGACCUUCCGACUACCCUGACCAACAAGCCUGGGAUGCUCGAUACCACUUGGAGAGAUCAAACGCAAUCAAGUGCCCUACUGUCCUUACUCAACUGGCCGGAACAAAGAAGGUUCAGCAGAUUCUGGCGACACCGCGACCGUCGUCCUCACCUUCAGCUCUCAGCAGAUUUAUCCGCGAUGACACCGGGGAUGCCGCUGAACUAUGGCGCACAUUCACCAACAUUUACCCUAUGGAUACAAGCGAUGCUGGCCUUGAGGCUCGAAAGAAGGCCCUUGACCCCAAGGCUUGCCAAGAUUAUGUGUUGAAGCCUCAGCGAGAAGGUGGCGGAAACAACAUCUACCGGGGAGCCAUUCCCGAUUUCCUCAAGUCUGUUCCCGAGUCCCACUGGGGAUCUUACAUCCUCAUGGAGCUCAUCACUCCUCCCCCAGUUAACAACAUAAUCCUCCGUAACGGCACCCUCGAACAAGGAGGCGUUAUUUGUGAAUUGGGAAUCUAUGGCACUUGUGUAUGGGAUCAGAACACAGGAAAGGUUCAUCACAACGAAGAGGCCGGGUACCUCUUGCGCACAAAGGGUGAUAAGAGUGAGGAGGGCGGUGUUGCUGCUGGUUUUGGAUGUAUGGAUAGCUGCACUUUGGUAUAG